CGGGGCCGCAGGCACCGCCCCCUCCGCGCGUCCGCGUGCCGCAGCCCGCGCCGCCUUCCGCCGCCUCGCUCCAGCGCCCCGCGUCGCCGCCGCCGGGCUCGCUGGCUGGCGCGGUGCGAGCGCUGGGCUCCCGCAGCAGGAGAGGACCAUCAGGGCCGCCGCCCCCACUUCGGCCCGGGCCCGGGCGGUGGCCCCGCCCUGGGCCCCGACCCCAACCACCUGCCCGGCCAGGCGAUGAAGUGUCACUACGAGGCGCUGGGGGUGCGGCGCGACGCUAGCGAGGAGGAGCUCAAGAAGGCCUAUCGGAAGCUGGCACUGAAAUGGCACCCGGACAAAAAUCUGGAUAAUGCCGCUGAAGCAGCUGAACAAUUUAAGUUAAUCCAAGCAGCAUAUGAUGUGUUGAGUGACCCUCAGGAAAGAGCAUGGUAUGAUAAUCAUAGAGAAGCUCUACUUAAAGGUAAGCUUGAUGGGGAAUAUAAAGAUGACAGCUUAGAUUUGCUUCGCUACUUCACUGUUACCUGUUACUCUGGUCAUGGAGAUGAUGAAAAGGGCUUUUAUACUGUGUAUCGUAAUGUUUUUGAAAUGAUUGCAAGGGAAGAACUAGAAUCUGUGUUAGAAGCAGAUAUUGAGGAUUUCCCGACUUUUGGAGACUCCCAGAGUGACUAUGAUACGGUAGUCCAUCCUUUCUACGCUUACUGGCAGAGUUUCUGCACUCAGAAGAACUUUGCUUGGAAGGAAGAAUAUGAUACCCGACAAGCUUCAAACCGCUGGGAGAAACGAGCCAUGGAAAAAGAAAACAAAAAGAUUCGAGACAAAGCCAGGAAGGAGAAGAAUGAGCUUGUCCGUCAGUUAGUAGCGUUCAUUCGGAAAAGAGAUAAAAGAGUGCAGGCCCAUCGAAAGCUUGUGGAGGAGCAGAACGCAGAGAAGGCGAGAAAAGCCGAGGAGAUGAGGCGUCGGCAGAAGCUGAAGCAGGCCAAACUGGCAGAACAGUACCAAGAACAGAGCUGGAUGACAGUGGCCAAUUUGGAGAAAGAGCUCCGGGAGAUGGAGGCACAGUAUGAAAAAGAGUUUGGAGAUGGAUCAGAUGAAGAUGAAAUGGAGGAACACGAACUCAAAGAUGGACAGGAUGGUAAAGACAGUGAUGAGAUGGAGGACGCUGAGCGUUAUGAUGGCCUUUACUGCCCAGCAUGUGACAAAUCUUUCAAGACAGAAAAGGCCAUGAGGAAUCAUGAAAAAUCAAAGAAGCAUCGGGAAAUGGUUACCUUGUUAAAACAGCAGUUAGAGGAAGAGGAAGAAAAUUUUUCAGGAACUCAAACUGAUGAAAAUCCACUGAAUGCUAAUUCUGAGGAAGAAGUAGAAGAUGCUCCAAAACAAAAGCUUUCCAAAAAACAGAAGAAAAAGAAACAGAAGCCAGCACAGAAUUAUGAUGGUAAUUUCCAUGAAAAUGGAACUGGAGAAGGAGUAAAGGUUGAAUCAGAAGAUACCAAUUUAAAUCAAGACAGUGCCAAAGAAUUAGAAGAUAGUCCCCAGGAAAAUGUAAAUGUCACAGAGUUUGUUGAACUUUGUGGUGACCCAAAAAAUGAAGCGAAAAGUGUUCCUAAACCUAAAGGAAAGAAAGCCAAAGAUAUGAAAAAAUCUGUCAGAGUACCUGCUGAACCACAGACAGUGAGUGAUGUUCUUAUUAGCUGUACAACCUGCCAUAGUGAAUUUCCAUCCCGGAAUAAACUUUUUGACCAUCUAAAGGCCACAGGUCAUGCGAGAGCACCUUCAUCAUCUUCUUUAAACAGUGUAGCAAAUAGUCGAAGCAAGAAAGAGAAACGUAAAAACAGAUAGAAAUUCUGCCAACACAUUUUCUUUCUGAUUGUCUCUAGAUUUUGAAACCAAAAACUGAACUGAAGUCAUCUAGAGUUAAAAUUUCAGUGAUCUGCAAUUUGUUGCAUUGUGGAAGAUUAUUUUUUAUCUUUUAAAAACAUUUUUUUUGUUUAAUAUAUAUUUUUUAAACAUUUCAUUAGUGAUUGAAUAUACUUUUGCCAUACAAAUUGACUUGAAUAUCUCAAAGCAGGUAAAUAUUGUAAAGUAUGCUUUCUUGAUUUCUGUUGGCUCAUGUGGACACAAAUGUACAGGGAGAAUUAAAUUAUUUUAACACUUACAAAUGCCCCUUUCUGUUUCAUUUUGUGAAUUUAGCAUUACCUAAUUUAUAUGAUAUACUUCAUUAUCCAUCAAAGACUCAGAUCAUUUUUAAAUUUUCCUAAAUUUUUUUCCACCUGAUAACAUGACUCCACAGCCCUGAUUUUAAAAUUAUUUCUAAAUAGCUGAUUGAUUACUGUACUUCUCUUCCUUUGAGGACAAUGAUAGGUAGAAACUAAUUGAACAUACACAGUUGUAUUUCAAGAAUAGUAUCUCUUCAAGGUAUAAUUGUUUAUGAAGAGAUUUUUAUUUAUAAUUAUCAACAAGAUACACAUUUUGGUUUCUUUUCACUCCGAUUUGAAUUCUGGAAAUGGAAGCAAAUUAAUUUAUUUGGUCCUCCUUAGGCACAAUGACAGCUGUGAAGCAUGCUGAAUUAAGGCAGCAGAUGGUUCAGAAUAUUUACUGACUCUAACAAGGGAUAUCCUUCCUUGGGUUUUGUUCCUUCACUGUUUUCAGAAGGUUUGGGUUUUUUUUUCCAUCAUUCAAUGGAGGAAAAACAUUUUUUAAUGGAAGAUUUUUGAAUAGGGAUGAUAUUUGUGCUAUCUAUUCUAUAGCAGGGAUGAAUAUUGAAUCAACAGAAAUAGGGAGAAUCAUUAUAAGUGAGUGUGGUCAAGUAUAUGGAUCAAUGAGGAGUCUGUGUUUUGGUUGAAUUAAAUAGGCAGUUCUUUUUAAUGUUUCUAUGAUUUAAAGAACUAGAGUAGAAUUUGACAUGUCAGGUUUACAGUUGGAACCCUUCAUUGAAAUAGGCUUUCUUUUGAUUGGUCUUAAAGUAACUUUGAACUAUUUGAAAUAUAUACUUUCUGUUUCUUACAUCUUUGAAUAUUCAAAUAAAGGAAUCUUCAGUUAUGUUUAAGCUCUAAAACAGAAAAGUCCUGGAUGGCAGCAUCUUUUCUGAAAGCCUCGUGGAUAGGUUGAUGAUGUGGACCAUUCUGUGUGAUUGACUUGAAAAUAUGCAUUUGUACUUUAAUUUUUCUCUUUUUUAUUUAGAGAUAUGUGUAUUUCUUUACUUCCCUAUAUCUAACUUAUAUUAAUAAUUCCUCAUAAUGCUUUUUUUCUUCCCUUUCUUUGUCCCUUCAAGGGAAAUACAGCCAGUUUUCUAUCUUUGGUCUUAACCCCCAAGCUUCAUGUGAACACUCCACCUUGCUCUGAUUUGAACUAGAUGAAUUUGCCAUAAUAAUGAAUAGGAAUACUAAUGAACAGAGGGCAUAUUAGUCACAUGUUAGUGUACUGUAAAAAAAUACAAAGUCAUGUUGAAUGGCAGAUUUGCUGCAAAUGUUCUCAGACCUUCCUUACCUCCCCUUGUACCAACCAUGUAGGUAUUUAAUUCAUUUCUGCUUUAUGUGAGGAUUGAUUGGGGUUACUUGUCACUGUUAUCUGAUUAACAAAAAUCAACCAUAAUUUUUAAGGGAUCUUCACCUGUGUGAUUAGACGUUAGCUCUCACUUCUGAUCCUAUGUAUAAGAUGCUGAUAAACCAUUUAACUUUUGAACUUCAUUUUCCUUAUCUUCACAGAUUUCUUAGAAAAAUAUUAUCACCACUUAUCAUAUGGAAUUAGUAUGAAGGACAAAUAAAAUUAUAUAAAAGCAGUUUUUUAAAUACAAAAAUUUUAUGCAAAAUGUUGAAUUUAAAUGGACUAAAUCUUUUUUCAGUUAAAAUAUUUGCAGACAGAAGUAUAUAUGUUGAAUUAAAUAUGUGUUAAGUUUUAUAGGAAUUUCCUUCUCUACUUCUGAAGAUGAAAAUAGAAACAUAUAUUAUGCCAAGAGUAAAAUACUACUUUUGGUAAAUCACUAUGUUUGAUUUCAUUUGUCUGAGGUAAAACAAUAUUCUAAAAUGUAUGAGCACAUAUUUUACAUUGAUCUCAUUAAAGGGCAGUGAUAACUACCAUCUUGAUAGAGGUUAGGUCCAGUUAUGGAAGAUGCAUAGAAUGAGAGUUCUGGAAAGAGUGGCUAGGGGAAAUCUUUUCACUCCAUAAUUUAGUCAGUGGUGCCAAAGCUGGGGUUCUCUGUAAAGCCCCAUGAGACUUCCUGUUUCAAAAUAAGAGCUGUAUCCUUAGCAAAAGCACACUUUAGGAAAAUAGGUCUGUAUCAAAAUGAAACUUCUAUAGAACAAUAGUCACCCUAAGUAAAGAGACAAGCCUCAGACUGGGAGAAAAUGUUUGCAAGCCAUAUUAGUGACAAAGUAGUAGUAUCCAAAACACAUUAAAAAACAAAUGAACCUCCUGCAAAUCAGUGAGAAAAUGACAGCCAUGCAUUUAAACAGUAGUUCUGAGACUUUCUGUUCUUAAGACUCAUUUACAUGCUGAAAAAUUGAGACCCUCAAAGAGUUUUUGUGUGUGUAGAUUAUAUCCAUUAACAUUUACUUUAUUAGAAAUUAGAGGAAUUUUUUAAGUGCUAAAUUAUAAAAAUAAUAUAUG